GAACCAUGGAGAAUUAUGGCUUCCACAUAGAAUGCCUUUGGGCUUACAGUUCCUUCGUUCGAUCGGCGGAUCGAUUUUGAAGGGAAAUUUUGAUAAAGCUUUAUCAGACUUCUGUUUUACACUGAAAAAUGGGCGAAGAAACAACCAGAACGGCCUUUGUUGAACUUCAGGGUCGUAUGAUAGAGACUACAGGGAAAUUGAAGCAGGUACAAAUGCAAAUGCGAAAUAAAGAAGCAGAGAAGAAACGAGCCUACCUAACACUGGAAGAGCUACAGCAGUUAUCUGAUGAUACAAACACAUACAAGUCUAUCGGGAAAGCGUUUGUUUUGGAGCCAAAAUCAGACCUUAUAAAGGAGCAACAGCAGAAGUUCAAGGAUAGCGAGACCGUUCUAGCCUCUCUCGAAACCUCAAAGGAGUACUUGGAGAAGCAGAUGGCGGAUAUAGAGAACAAUUUGAGGGAGUUGUUGCAGCAAGAUCCAGGCCUAGCUCGCCAGAUAAUGUCAAUGUCAGUGUGAGCUUUCUUUUGUGGCUUGUUUUCUCUAAGAAGCUUUGCUUUAAUACCAACCAUAAUUAUAGUUCAUGUUCUUGUGAGUUUUUCGGAAGGUAAUUUCUUGAGAUAUUUUUGGAUUGUAUGAUCUGUGCGACUACAUGAAUUAUUUGGUCGUAUAGGUCAUCGCCAUCCAAUAUGGUUGAACAGUGAUGGAGAGAGUGUGGGGACCCUGCACAUUCAAUCGCAAAUCUGAGGCUCUCUUUGUUGGGGUCCCCAUCCCAUUGAUUGGACGAUGCUGACCAUUUUGAGUACAUACUUCAUGUUGCUAUACGAAUCAUAUUUUGCUGAAGUAAAAAGGCCUUUAUCCUCUC